AUGGAAGACAACGAAUCAUCCGCUAAUAGCGGCCAGCAGGAUGAAAUACCUGUCCCAACCGAUGAUCCAAAUCCUCCCCCCAAAGAUAGCAACGAAUCGACUUCGUCAGACUACGAUCCCUCCAACGUGACGCAGAUCAUUUCGAAUGGUCAUAUUCUCGUUGGAAUCUGCAAUGACAACACAGUCCUAAAAUAUCCCAGCGAUCCAAACAAUCACGAACAGAAGUUGAAGAUCCUCAAGGAAUCAGUGAUCCUGGGGCAUCUUCCAAGUCAUCCACACAUUGUGGAAUACCUAGGCUACAAUGACUUUGCAAUCAAGCUACGCUACUACCCCACUGGACCACUAAGCAACUACCUGAGUUCCAACCCAAAUGUGGGGAUCAGCCAGAGGAUAGAAUGGUGUGCGCAGCUCACAUCCGCCGUCUCGUUCAUCCACUUCAAUUCUGUGAUCCACAGCGACAUCUGCCUUGAUAACGUGCUUCUCAACGACCGUCUCGAAGUUGUUCUCACCGAUUUCCAGGGUAUCCUCCUCCAAAAUGGCGAAAUACUGGUCAAUGGAAACACAUCCGAGCGUGCAAAGUCAUAUAUGCCUCGCAGUGCCCAGUACAACGUGCUCAUGGGCUUCAAAACAGAUAUAUUUGCGCUUGGUUCUGCAAUGUACCACAUUCUCAAUGGUUUUGAAGUAUUUCCAGAAUUAAGAGAUCCGCAUGAGACGAUCGAGAUCGUGAACCGAUUCAUGCGGGGAAACUUCCCCAGGCCUAAUUACGUGGGAUAUCUCAUCGUGGAGAAAUGCUGGAGAGGAGAAUACACCUCUGCUGCCGAGGUAGCUAUGGACUUGAUCGGGUUGCAGAAUAUAGUCAGGUAG